CAGUAUCUCGUCUCCUGUGACAUGUGGUAGUAGUGUGUUGUGUAGUGAUUAGUGAACUGUAAAUACCUAUCUGAAGUUCAAGUGUUCACACCAACCUGACAUGAUGAAGUGGACCUUCGCGUUACCUGUCUGCGUGGCAGCUGCCGUGCUUUGGAUGUCCGGCUCGACGGGUCUAUUCAUCUCAAACUUGAACGACGCCUGCUACAGUUGUCUAUGCUACGUGUCAACCAAGUGUGACGUCAGUCAUGGCUGCACAGGCGGGUACUGCGGCCCAUUCAACAUCUCCAGGGUAUAUUGGGUCGACGCUGGAAAAGUGGUGUUUCCAGAAGACGAUUCUGAGAGGAACCAUGCAUGGGAAGAUUGUGCCCGGAGUUACCACUGCGCAAGGAGCAUCAUCGAGGGAUAUUUGCAAAAAUUCGGGAAGGACUGCAACGGCGACGGUGUUACCAAUUGCUUUGACUACAUGAUGGUGAACGGGAAUGGUGGUUACGGUUGCACUUCUCCUCUCAAUCGGUCCGCCAAUGGGAGAAGAUGGCUGCAACGUUAUGCCGAAUGUAGACUUUAAUACCUACACCAUAGGGUCCAAUUUACGGCUAUACAUUAUCCGCAAAAAAUUCCCCAAAUUUUGGCCAAAUUUUGCCGUUCAUUGCUGGUACAGUAAAUAUAACUCAUAAAAACAACAAAAUGUGUGAUUUCGUGUUGGUAUCUGACUGACUUCGUCGAUAGCGUGUAGCUCGCGUUACAAUUAAGACUAGGCUAGACAACUAAGAAAUAAAAUAGCUUGAUUAGUGUCAAGUGCCAAGAAAGUUGUUGUGUGUGUUUCCAUGAGGAAUACUACUAUAUUUCGAUCUCGGAAAAGAGCCUGUUAAUUGUCAAAAAUAAAGUCAAAACAUAUCUCUAUGUAGCUUGCACUGUGCGUGCAUUUGAAUAUUUUAAGUGAGAACCUUAGCAGUGAUCAUUAAAUUUUU